AUGGCAUCUUCACAAUCACUGGCAUCUGGCCUGACCGAGGAUAAAUAUGAGUCUGCGGCUGAAUCUUUGAAUGAGAGCCAAAGAUAUUCUGCGAAUUACGAUGCGGAGGUUUCUGCAAUCCCAAAUACCACUGCAGAACAAGAGGACACAGUUCAAGAGGAAGUGGAUCAGUAUGUUAAUGAUACAGCCUCGCAGCAAAAUACUCUCCAUAAAGAAGAGAUUAAUGAUGACUAUGAAGCUGAACUGGACAGAGAGAUAAGCAGAGUGGCCACGAAUUUGUCACGUUUUUCGAGCAGAGUGUUACACCGCAGUCAAGAAGAAUCUACUAGCGCGGAAAAAAGCACCACCGAAGAGGACGAAGGCUACGAUCCUCGUACUAUGCCUUGGGAUGGGCCUGAUGAUCCUGAAAAUCCUUUUAACUGGCCAAGCUGGAAAAAAUGGGCAGUCACUAUGACCAUCGCAUUCCUGUGUCUUGUGAUCACACUUGGAUCCUCCAUCUAUGUGGACGCUGUGCCAGAAAUGAUGGCCAAAUGGGGCAUUUCGCAAACUCUGGGUCUCGCAGGUUUGACGCUUUAUUUGGUCGGUUUGGCCUUUGGUCCAGCUAUAGCCGCGCCAUUGUCCGAGGUGUUUGGCCGUAAGAUUAUUUACUGUUCGACUCUUCCAAUCAGUAUGCUUUUCAUCAUGGGUGUCGGUCUUUCCAAAAACAUUGGCCAGGUUUUGGUUCUCCGGUUCUUCGCUGGUUUCACUGCCUCUGCUGCUCUCGCGAUUGGUGGAGGUACUGUCACAGAUAUUUGGAAACCCCACGAACUUGGAAUUGCUAUGACAUUGUUCUGUAUGGCCCCAUUGUGCGGUCCAGUGGUCGGUCCUAUCAUUGGUGGCUUUGUUGCUGAGAACAAAGUCUCUACUGAUAUCAACAAAGUUGGUGGCCUCAGAUGGACUAUGUGGGUCGAUCUGUUCUUUGCUGCUGCAGUUUUCAUUCCUCUCUUUCUGGCUCCAGAAACAUAUAGACCUAUCAUCAUGAGAAAGAGAAUCAAGAAGAGAAACCUCAAGCGCAAGAAGACCAUGCCGCUUGCCCAAUUCCUCAUGAUUUUAGUUUUCAUCACAUUGCUGAAACCAAUGGAAAUGCUGGUUGUGGAGCCAAUUGUGCUGGUGUUUUCCAUCUACACUGCUUUUAUCUUCGCUGUGCUUUUCGGCUUCUUCGAAGCUUUCCCAGUCAUUUUCAGAGGACAGUACGGCAUGUCGCUUGGCAUCUCUGGUCUCCCAUUUUUAGGUGUUGGUCUGGGUAUCCUCAUUGGUGCCGCCACUUAUGUUUACAUUGACAAGAGGAUCUUCUUCAGACGCUACCCAGAUGGUUACAUCGGCCUCAGAGACAAAAACGGCAACAAUUUACCACCAUCACCAGAGUCUAGACUUCUGCCAUGUAAAUUGGGAGCAGUGGCAAUGCCUCCAGCUUUGUUCUGGCUCGCAUGGACAGGAAGGCACUCUGUUCACUGGAUGGCUCCAAUUGCUGCCGGUGUGCCAUUUGGAUUUUCCCUGAUUUUGAUUUUCUUCUCGAUCCUGACCUAUUUCAGCAUGUCAUACCCUCCACUUUCUGUCGCAUCGGCCUUGGCUGCCAACAAUUUCCUGAGAUAUAUCGUGUCAUCGGUUUUCCCACUGUUCACGGUCCAGAUGAUGGAAAACCUCCACAUUUACUGGGGUGUCUCUGUUUUUGCAUUCAUCGCGCUUGCCUUGGCCCCAGUUCCAUGGUUGUUCACCAAGUGGGGUCCUCCUCUUAGAGAGAAGUCUAAAUAUGGAUUCGCUGCCGAGAAAAAAGAGAAAGAAGCAAUUGCCGCAAAGGAAACUGAAGUUUAG